AUGCUACGCAUAUCAAAUUUCAGCAAACGACAGUGGUUGACGUUAAUCGUUUUCAGUAUCGCCGACUUUUGUAACGCCAUCUGCGUAUCGUUGCAGGCUCCGUUCUAUCCGCAAGAGGCUGAAAAGAAAGGAGCCACUGCAACCGAAUAUGGUUUGGUAUUCGGUAUUUUUGAACUGGUCGUGUUUUUAAUCAGUCCCGUUUAUGGAAAACACUUGAAUAGGAUCGGACCCAAAUAUCUGUUCAAUGGAGGAAUAUUCACGACAGGAGUAUGUGCAAUUUUAUUUGGAUUUUUGGACAGGGUGGAAGGUCAUUACCCAUUCAUCAUAUUAUCAUUCGUCAUACGUAUCGUCGAAGCGAUGGGAAAUGCGGCAUUUUUGACAGCCAGUUUUGCCAUCAUUGCUAUGGAGUUUCCGGACAACGUGGCCACCACAUUUGCUUCUCUUGAGACAUUUUUCGGACUUGGGCUGAUUGUUGGACCAACCGUUGGCGGAGCUUUGUAUCAAGUCGGAGGCUUUGUAACUCCAUUUUUAGUUUUGGGUUCUACGCUAUUCCUUUCGGCUGUCAUGACUGCGUUUGUAUUACCCGACCACCCGAAUCGUAGAAAUGACGUUACUAGUGAUGCUAGUCUGUUGAAAGUAUUGAAAAUUCCUGGUAUAAUGUUAGCGGCCGCUAGUAUUAUCGUGACGUCUAUGAGCAUUGGGUUCUUGUCGGCCACCUUGGAACCACAUCUCAGACAAUUUAAUUUGUCUCCAAUGGUCUUGGGGCUGAUGUUCGUUAUAAACGGUGGAACUUAUGCAUUGACGGCGCCCUGGUGGGGUUGGCUAUGCGACAAAGUGGUGCCCGCCAAGGUCGUCACGUUGCUGGGUUGCAUCAUACUCAUGAUCGGAUUCAGUCUUAUCGGCCCGGUACCGUUCAUCGGAGGACCGACAAAAUUCUCCGUCACCAUACUAGGUCUGGUGAUGCACGGAAUGGGAAUUGGCGCACAACUUGUUGCAUCGUUCACCGACGCUCUGCGGACCGCCAUUCAACACGGGUUUGCCAAUAACCUUGAAACUUACGGUCUGAUAUCGGGACUUUGGACUUCCACUUUUGCACUCGGAGCUUUUAUCGGUCCUUCCAUUGCUGGUGUGCUGUACGAUAUAGUAGGAUUCGGUGCAGCUACUUUAUUUGUUAUCGUCUUAUCUGCUGUUGUGGGUGUGGCCGUAGCGCUGUUCUUGAUAUUCUCCCGGCCUCCCAGGCUGGCCAAGGACGUGCACAGUCUGGACAACCUGAUGGACCCGCUGGUCAAGUCCGUGACUGAGAACGGUGGAGGGUACAACGGACACAUGACCUCAGCGCUCACGUGCCCUGUGCCACCGGAACGGCCGCCCGGCAUGGACGGCAUAAUCGCGUGCAGCAGCUACAAGAAUCGGUUGGGCACGUGGAACCGGAAGGAGAGCGAACUGGUCAUCGGCAGUCAAAUCGGCAACAGCUACGCCGACGAGACCAGAGGUCUGCUGGGCUGA